AUGGACGCCUGUGUGCAAACAGAGAAUCUUGUGUCUGGUAUGCACAACGGUGCGGAAGUGGACGCUUUCACGGAUUCCCCAAACGUUUCUUCAAUGGAUGCUGGCGUGCAAACUCAGUUCACUGGCAAGGACGCCUGUGUGCAAACUCAGUUCACUUCAAUGGAUGCUGGCGUGCAAACUCAGUGGGUCUACGCCUUCAUGAGCUCUACGCAAAGGCAGACGCCUGCGUGCAAGGAAGCUCUACGCCUUCGUGAGUCAGGUGGGGCAGAUGUGCAGGCAGUGGUCUCAUUUUCUUCUGACACGUAUGCAGCUCUUUCAUAUUCUUCUUCUUCUGAUGUGAAGGCAGUGGUCUCAUCUUCUUCCGAUGUGAAGGCCAAGGGGACUUCCAUGUGCUCUCAGGCCACCAUUGCCGAUGUUAAGGCAUGGAUUGGCGCUGUUGGCAGUAUCAACGAGUCGAAUGCGAUCCAGUAUUUAAAGAAUGGAGUGGAUUUGUUUGCAGAACUUCUGACAGAAGGUGGGAUCCCUGCAAAGGCCAGGGCAAAUUAUGCUCUGCGGAAGCGCGGGGCGUUCGAGAAUGUGCAAGCGACGUUGGAGGACCUUCUGGAAUUCUUCGAUAGGCACAGAUAUCUUACAGGGCAGAUGAACCGUGCCGAGGCUGCCAAGUUUCUACAGGAUUCCAAGUGCGACGAAUUCCGAAUCCAAUUCUAUGGACGUCCGAGGAACGAUACAACGUCGUCAUGUGGAAGUACUGCCUGCAAAGGCAAAGGCAAAGGCAAAGGUAAAGGCGCCGACAUAGGAGGUCAGGAGUUUGACGAAGUGUGUAGGUUCGGUAGGACGUUGACGGACUUUGCACGAAGGUGUAAAUCUCAGGUUUGGCCUCUGCGGUAG